GGGCUUAAUAGUUUAUUUUUUUAAUUCUUCAGGCUGCCUGGAGAUUCAAGAACAAGAAUAGGGUUCAUAACGUUUGACAGCACUGUUCAGUUUUACAACUUGCAAGAAGGUUUAUCACAGCCUCAGAUGCUGAUUGUCUCAGAUAUUGAUGAUAUUUUCCUACCUACACCAGAUAGUUUACUUGUAAAUCUCCAUGAAAGCAAAGAGCUGAUAAAAGAUCUAUUGAAUGCGUUACCAAAUAUGUUCACCAAUACAAGAGAAACACACAGUGCAUUGGGCCCUGCUCUUCAGGCUGCAUUUAAACUGAUGUCUCCAACGGGUGGUCGGAUCUCUGUGUUUCAAACUCAGUUACCAUCUUUGGGAGCUGGGCUUUUGCAUUCCAGAGAGGAUCCCAAUCAAAGGUCAAGCACAAAGGUAAAAACUUCCCUUAUUACUCAUUUCAGAAGACUGA